AUGUUCCAAAUAAAAAAACCACCACCGUCAUCACCAUUGCCUUCCACCACCACCGCCUUUCCACUUUCCAUCACAACCACCAUCAUCUUUCACUACCGCCACCUCCAUUACCUUCCACCACCGUCAUUGCCACUGCCGCCUCCACUACCUUCUACCAUCGCCGCCACUAUCACUGCUACUGCCUUCCACCACCACCACAUUCGACCAUUGCCACCUCCAUUACCUUCCAUCACCGCCACUGUCCCCACCACCACCACUGUAGCCGCCUUCCACCACCACCUUCCUCGGCUUUCCACCACCACACCACUACCUUCUACCACCACCUCCACUACCUUUCACACCCACUACCACCACCACCACACCACUGCCUUCUACCACCACCUCCACUACCUUUCACACCCACUACCACCUCCACUGUCUUCUGCACUUUCCACCGCAGCCACCACACCACACCACUAUAACCAUUGA